UUCCGCUUUUAAUCUCUAUUCAAUCAUCUUCAUUCAGCAGCAGCCCAAUCACGCCGUUUUACACGAAUGCAUGCGCUAAGUAAUAAUAACAUCUACAACACACGUUACAUCUCGAAGUCUCGCGAUGUUUCUUCCGGGUGACGUCACUCCGGAUGAGAUUUCUGUCCAAACACAGAUGGUGUCGCCCUGAUCGUCCAUGUGGUUCCAGGUCUGCUGAAAAAGCCUCACGCCGUGAUCGGAACUUAUUUAAUUUUAUUAUAUCCGACGAGCCGACCCGCUCUGAGAGGACCCGGAAAUGCAGCACGACGACGUGAUCUGGGACAUCAUUGGAAACACGCAGUUCUGCUCCUUCAAAGUGAAGACCAAGAGUCAGAACUUCUGCCGGAAUGAGUACAACAUCACGGGCCUGUGUAACCGCUCGUCCUGCCCGCUCGCCAACAGCCAGUACGCCACCAUCAGGGAGGAGAAAGGUCAGUGCUUCCUCUACAUGAAGGUCAUCGAGAGGGCGGCUUUUCCUGCCAGGAUGUGGGAGAAGGUGAAGCUCAGUAAGAACUAUGAGAAGGCUCUGGAACAGAUAGAUGAGAACUUGAUCUACUGGCCUCGAUUCAUCCGACACAAAUGCAAACAGAGGUUCACUAAAAUCACCCAGUACCUGAUCCGCAUGCGCAAACUGGUCCUCAAAAGGCAGAGGAAGCUGGUUCCUCUCAGCAGGAAGGUGGAGACCAGAGAGAGGAGGAAGGAGGAGAAGGCUCUGAUUGCUGCUCAGCUGGAUAACGCCAUCGAGAAGGAGCUGCUGGAGCGACUUAAACAGGGAACGUACGGAGACAUCUACAACUUCCCCGUGCACGCCUUCGACCGAGCGCUGGAGCAGCAGGACCAGGAGAGCGAGUCAGAGGAGGAGGAGGAAGAAGAAGAGGAGGACGACGAGGACGUCGGGCAGAGAGAGUUCGUAGCAGAAGAAGAAGUGGAGGAGAGCGACCUGAGCGACUUUGAGGACAUGAACAAGCUGAAGACGAGCAGUGAUGAGGAGGAGCAGGACGAGUCCAGCGAGGAGGAGGAGGUUGAAGAGGAGAUGGAGGUGCAGACGAAGGCUUCGCGGUCUAAAGGCAAAUCUCCGGCGAACGGCUCGGCGGCGAGGAAGAAGCGAGCGUACGUGGAGAUCGAGUACGAGCAGGAGACAGAGCCCGCCUCCAAGAGCAGAGCCACGUAGUGACGCUCUGCCCUCGAAGCAAACUGACUGCCGAGGACACGCCCCCUCACCUUGUGUUACCACGGCAACAUUACAUAGCUGAGGGGAUUGUCCGACCAGCUCUUCUGUUCAUGUUUAAAGUCUCGCUCGGCUGGAAGUCAUGUGACCAGCACAGAAAGACAGCUGAUCACAAGAUUGAUUAAUUGGCCUUUGAUAAUCAAACAGCCUGAUCAGAAUGAGUUUUCCCGUUUCACACUUUAAAGACGAAUCCAUGACUCGCUGCAUGUGAUCACAUGACUGCUGCUUUCACUUUAAACAUGAGCAGGAAGUGGAGCCAAAAACAGAACAUUACGUGAGGAAGCGCCCACAGUGACGUGAACGACGACUUUUCUGUUCGCCGCGCUAACGGAGAGAAGACGGACGUGAAUGUUUUUCUAAACCCUGUAAACAUUUUUAUGUUUGAAAUAAAAAUAAACUUGGAAAAAAUG